AUGGGUUUGAGCGAGAAGAAUGCAACUGUUCACGACGUCCAACCUGAAGAACAUCAUAGCUCCACUCUUGACGACAAUGAGGGCUACAACGAGCCACCUCGAGAACAGAGUCUGCACCGUGGUUUGAAAGCGCGUCAAAUAUCUAUGAUUGCACUUGGAGGCGCAGUUGGUACAGGUCUCAUCAUCGGAUCCGGGACUGCUUUACGAAGAGGUGGUCCACUUGGUCUCUUACUCGGAUAUGCCUUCGUCGGCUUCGUUUGCUAUCUUGUCAUGGUAGCCCUGGGGGAAAUGGCGGCCUUUUUACCUCAUAAGAAGGGUUUUGCUGGAUAUGCGACACGAUUCGUUGACCCGGCGCUUGGUUUUGCCUUAGGCUGGAAUUACCUGCUGAAAUAUUUGAUUGUAACGCCGAACAAUAUCAACGCAGCCGGCGUGGUUGUGCAAUACUGGACACAAUCUGUACAUAUCGCAAUAUGGAUGGGUAAGAUCUUUGUUGUCAACCUCUUGGGCGUCCGAGUCUUUGGGGAGUUGGAAUUUUGGUUUUCUAGCAUAAAGAUUGUUGCUCUGAUUGGGUUGCUUUUGAUGGGUAUCAUCAUUGAUCUUGGUGGAAAUCCCCAUCAUGAUCGGAUAGGGUUUCGAUAUUGGAAAGCACCCAACGGACCUAUGGGCAAAUACCUUUUAGAUCAAGUACACGACUCCUCCCUUUCUAUUUUCCUUGGUUUCUGGGCCACCCUCACGAAUGCUCUCUUUGCUUAUAUUGGAACUGAACUUAUCGGAGUUACGGUUGGAGAGGCAGAGAAUCCUCGCCGUAAUAUUCCUAUUGCCAUCAGGAGAACAUUUUAUCGCAUCCUCGUUUUCUACGUUGGGGGUGUUUUCGUCAUCGGCUUAAUUGUUCCGAGCACAAAUGACUCGCUAUUUGUGGCGACGAAGUCAAAGACUGGAGCAGCAGCUAGCCCUUUUGUUGUAGCGACUACGCUGGUUGGCAUCAGGGUAUUGAAUCACGUCAUUAACGGCGCGAUUCUCAUUUUCGUCAUGAGCGCUGCCAAUUCCGACCUAUACAUCGGAUCGCGCACUCUGUAUGGUUUGGCAAUAGAAGGGAAAGCUCCUUCCAUUUUCAAGAGGGUCAACUCCCUAGGCGUACCUUAUCCCGCCUUGCUACUGUGCACUGCAUUCUGUUCGUUGGUGUUCCUCAACGUCCAUACAUCGGGUGCCAAAGUUUUUGGAUGGUUCGUUAACCUAGUUUCGACUUUUGGUGCCCUGACAUGGAUGACGAUCGCAUAUUCCCAUAUUCAUUUUAUGAGGGCACUCAAAGCACAGGGAAAGUCAAGAGAUGAUCUUCCCUACAAAGCCCCUUUUCAACCUUGGGGAAGUUGGUUUGCUCUGAUUUCAACAGGGAUUAUCACUCUCUUCAAAGGGUUUGAUACAUUCCUGCCUUGGAAUGUCGCCAAUUUUAUUACGAGCUACAUUGCGGUGCCAAUAUUCUUCGUCCUUUGGCUAGGAUACAAACUUAUUUUCAAAACCCGAGUUAUUUUGCCAAAGGAUGUUGACAUUGUGACUGGUCUCCGCGCCAUUGAUGAAGAGGAAGAACAAUAUCUUGAGUACGAGAAAGCCAAGGGACCCCAGGGAAGAUUUGGGAAGAUUUGGGAUGCUUUGUAG